ACAUUUUUCAACAUUCUUUCCAUCUUUCUUUCAGGACGAUGGAUUCCUACCUGCCAAUGGCUACCUCCCUCUCACCGGUGGUGAACAAGACUUCUACAUGGACACACUGCCUUCUAGUGGUGAUGCAGAGGCCAAGGCUUCAACGGGGGCGCCGCCACCCCCAAACUCCAACCAAGCAGACACACAAGGUAGCAGCGGAGGGGGAAACCUUCCUCCGGAAACGCUCAACGAUGGCGUUGGAGGUAUCACAUCGGCCAAUCCAAACUCGAUCACGUCGCCGCGCCUGGUUUACACGCAGGUGACGCCCACGGACGACGAGGAUCUCGUUGAGGGAUCAGGAACCGAUGGAAGCGGGCUACCACCGGUUUCUGUUGCAUACUACAGAUCUGGCUUCCUACUCACCAAUGUUCAGUUUGUGUCAGAACUGCAGUACAGGAACUCAACCGAUUUUCAGACAGUUUCAGAAAACGUUAGGAUAGCGGUUGAAGACUUGUAUGCAGAUUUACCAGGAGAUCAAUUUGUAACAAUAUUGCAAUUUUUAAAUAGGACUGGAAACACGAUGAUACAGUUUGAUCUGGGAAGCGCUGGUUUCUACAGUGAGUCUGCCCUCUACAGAGUAUUAGAUACAGCAGUCCGCAGCUCUCAGGUUGGACGUUACAGUGUCGACCCCAAUGAGCUUGAUUUUGCACCUCUACCAGUCGUUUUGGGUACCACUACGCCUUUCGUCGAAACGCAGACACCCAUCCCGACGUUCGUACCGCAAUGCGAUGUAGCGCGGGAAUUCUUCUGCACGUACUACGGGACGUGCAUGUCGCUUAACCUUCGCUGCGAUGGCGUCUUGCACUGCCCCUCUCCCUCUGAAGAAGCCGACUGCCAGCCGAGAUGCCGCUACGACCAGCAGACGUGCCCCGAUGGAAGUUGCCUGGACGCCUACCAGAUCUGCGAUGGGUACAAUGAUUGCAGCGACGGUUCAGACGAACUAGGAUGCUUCCUGUGUGAUUUAGGCCAGUUUGAAUGUGACGGUGGUACUAAAUGCAUUCUCGAUUUGCUCGUCUGCGACGGCCUGUAUGACUGCACUGAUCAAACUGAUGAAUUGUUUUGUCCUCCAAGGGAAUCAACCGAAGCACCACCACGCCCUGACCCCACCACCCCUGCCCCGCCCACCACUACCACCAGGGCCGCACCUCGUACCCCCAUCCCCACCACUCCGGUGCGACCGUCCACACAGUGUUCUGCCAAUGAAGCUUACUGCAGGUCUGGACGGAUCAGGUGUGUCCCUCGAGACUUCCUCUGUGAUGGGCAGAACGACUGUGAGGACGGUUCAGACGAGUAUGGAUGCCAGCAACGCAAGUGUGAGCCCAAUGAGUUUCAGUGUGCUAACCUACUCUGCGCUCAGAAGAUCUGGCGAUGUGAUGGCGAUGACGACUGUGGGGAUGGAUCUGAUGAGAGAGAUUGUCCCACUGCUGCCCCGGGCUCUCCAUGCCGUCACAGUGAGUUCCAGUGUCUGUCUGUCGAUGAGUGUGUACCUCGUGGGUUCCAGUGCGACGGAGAAACAGACUGUGUAGAUCGUUCUGAUGAAAUUGGCUGUGCUGAACCAACGGUGAUCAGGUCGCCAGUGGAGAUUAUCCAGGUGCAGAUAGGAGAGAGGGUAGAGAUCAUCUGUGAAGCCCAGGGUAUCCCUACACCCAUCAUCUCAUGGAGGCUCAACUGGGGUCCUGUCCCUGAUAGGGCUAUCAUCACUAAUUCGAAUGGGUAUGGUACCCUGGUCCUGGAGAAUGUCCGGGAGUCUGACCAAGGAGCGUACACCUGUGAGGCCAUGAACAACCAGGGAUACAUCCUGGCCCAACCAGAUGCUAUCCUCACUGUCAUCUCUGGACCCAGCAUUUGCACUGGCAGCUAUUUCAAUGACGAUGCUCAGAUUGUUUCUGAGUGCAUCGCCUGCUACUGUUUUGGUGCUUCUACAACCUGUUAUAGCAGUACCUAUAACAGAUUUGAAACUUCUUUAUACUUUGGCGAGAUUGGUAACUUAAAAGGCGUGCGACUAGCUGACCUGUCAUCCCCCAGUGCAUCUCUGGGUGUCUUAGAGGAUACUUACCUUGAAGUGAAUCCAACUGAAAGGGAGGUGGUUGUGCGCGACUACAACCGACGGCUGCCUACAUCUACCUACUACUGGGUGCUACCAGAAGACUUUACAGGAAAUCUGUUAACAAGCUAUGGAGGCAACCUUCGUUACCAAGUCAACUUUAUCCACAUUGCGUCAACUGCUCAAGUAGCUGAUGUAUACAUCAAGGGAAAUGGAAAGACUCUUUCCUACCAAAUCUCAGAUGAGCCUGCAUCAGGUAUCCCAACACAGCGACAGGUGCCACUCACAGAGGCUGGUUGGAAGAAUGUGGUGACGGUUGGUGGAGGCGGAAGAGGAGAUGUCGGUUCAGAGCUUCUCAUUGAUGCCACAAGAGAGGAUAUCAUGCUGGCGUUACAGAACGUUGAUUCUAUCCUCAUCAAGGCAACGUACUCCUACAACCAGUACCAAACCAGCUUGGCCGAUGUAGUCCUUGAUACAGCUGUACCAGAGGACACGGGCAGAGGUAGGGCAGUAUUAGUGGAGGAAUGCAGGUGUCCCAUCGGCUACGAAGGAUUGUCUUGUGAGAGAUGUUCAUCAGGUUACUACAGAGCACCAGGUCAAGAUGCAUCAAGUCUAGGAACAUGCCAGCCUUGUCAGUGCAGUGGACUAUCAAACAGUUGUGACCAAGUCACAGGCCAGUGCCUGUGUACAGGCAACACAGAGGGACCAAACUGCGAGCGCUGUGCUGAGGGAUUCUUCGGAGAUCCACCCAAUGGUGUUCCUUGUCUCACCUGCCCCUGCCCACUCACAUUUGGACCAAACCAGUUUUCACCAACAUGUAUUUUGGACACCGAUGGAAGAGUUACGUGUGAUGCCUGUCCACAAGGAUAUGCAGGAAGACAAUGUGAAACAUGUUCUGCUAACUACAUGGGCAAUCCAACUGUGGAAGGAGAUUCCUGUGUCCCUGAUAGCUUGGGUGACUGCAAUGUUGAUGGUAGCCUGGCAUGGACAGGAUCAAAUUGUCUCUGUAAAGAUAACACAGAUGGUGUUCUAUGUGACCAGUGCAGAUCAGGAACGUUCAAUCUGGCCCCAGAUCACCAGUAUGGCUGCAUCAGGUGCUUCUGUAUGGGAAUAACCACAGACUGUGACAGCACUGUACAGUAUAGAUCACAGGUCAAUGCAGAGUUCUCUCGUGAUGGCCAAGGGCUCACCCUCAACAAUCGAGACUUCACAGAAAACGUCACCUCGCAGGACCUGACGGUUAACUACAGACAGAGGGAGCUUGUCUACGGUGGCUUCAACAACCUCCCAGCGGAUGUCUACUUCUGGGUUCUUCCCUACCGCUUCUUAGGCGACAGGGUUUCAUCUUAUGGAGGGUAUUUGAGAUAUACCAUCGUCAUUGAUGGUGUUGACCAACAAGGAGCGAGUUCACAGCGUGUACCAGAUGUUGAAAUCUCAGGUAACGGGAUUACCUUGGUAUACAACCGUGACAGGCAGGGUACGAUAGUAUCGUCAAGAACGGAGACUCCAUUCAGAGUUCCCUUCCUUGAGCAAUAUUGGACUCGUGUCGAUUUCGAGCCAGCCAACAGGGAGAACCUGAUGAUGGCGUUAGCUGAUUUGGAUUACAUUAUCAUCAGGGCAACCUACAACUCCUUCACAACUGUGUCGGGUAUCAGGGAUAUAAGCAUGGACAUCGCUGAAGCCAGGAACACCGGCCAGGGUAGAGCAUUUGCCGUGGAACAGUGUACAUGUCCUUAUGGCUACAGGGGCCUUUCAUGUGAGGAUUGUGAUGUUGGCUUCACCCGUUCAGGGAGUGGUAUCUACCUAGGCUUCUGUUCUCGCUGUGAGUGUAACGGGCGUUCCACUGAUUGCCACCCAGAAACAGGGGAGUGCAGGAACUGUCAAGACAAUACCAUGGGACGCUUCUGUGACCAGUGUGCACCGGGUUACUAUGGCAACCCGACUCAGGGAGGAAGAUGUCUGCCUUGUACCUGCCCUCUCGCGAUCCCAUCCAACCAAUUCUCACCAACUUGUUUCCUGGACUAUGACAAUGAUCUGACUUGUGACUCAUGUCCUGAAGGUUACACUGGAAGGCGAUGUGAAAGCUGUGCACAAGGUUACAUCGGAGACCCAGCCAGAGAAGGAGAUUAUUGCAGACCUGAAGGUGGUUGUCAGUGUGAUGGAAGGGGAACCAGAUCAUCACAGUGCUUUAAUGGCCGCUGUGACUGCAAGGACAAUGUUGGAGGAGAUAGCUGUAACUUUUGCCAACCAGGUUUCUUCAACCUUGCAUCUAGCAACCAAGAGGGAUGUACCAGAUGUUUUUGCUCAGGGUUAUCGGUCCCAUGCUCCAGCUCCAGUUACUACAGGCAACAACUCCGUGUCACACUCCAGUCUCCGUCUGACCCCCGUGAUGUAGCCCUCGUUAACCGAGCACAGACACAGAGGAUCACAACAGGGUUCGGAAUUAACGUACCUUCCAACAGCAUCGCCUUCUCUCAAUUCAACCAGCUACCUGGUGAUGUGUACUACUGGGAACUUCCCCCUAAGUACAGGGGUAACCAGAUCACAGCCUAUGGUGGCUACCUGAGGUAUACCGUAAGCUACUCCACCUCCCAGGCUAGGGGAAACCCCAUCUCCGAUAACGACGUAGAGAUCACCGGUAAUGAUAUUGUCUUGGUGUACAGACAGCCAACUAACCUGGAGCCAGAUGAAGCUCGUCCUGUAGUAUUCCAGAUUGUUGAGGAUAACUUUGUUCGUCCAGACGGUAACCCGGCAACCAGAGAGCAUCUUCUGAUGGCCCUUGCCGAUCUGAGCAACAUCCUCAUCCGUGCAUCCUACCACAGUGACAUGCAGGAGAGCAGCAUCAGGAAUGUCGCCCUCGACAUUGCGAUUUCUCAGAACACGGGCCAGAAUGUGGCGUUGGAAGUUGAGAGAUGCGAUUGUCCACAGGGUUACAAUGGUCUAUCUUGUGAGGACUGUGCUCCAGGUUUCACCCGAUCAGGAGGCGGUCUCUACCUUGGAACGUGUGUGCCUUGCGAGUGCAACGGCCAUUCUAACCAGUGUGACCCAGAAACAGGAGUCUGCUAUAACUGUGUCCACAACACGUUUGGUCCAUACUGUGACCAGUGCGGAGCUGGUUUCUAUGGCGAUGCAACAUCCGGUACUCCUGGUGAUUGUCGCCAGUGUGCUUGCCCCCUCUCCAUCCCUUCAAACCAAUUCUCUCCCACCUGCAUCUUGGACACUGAUGGCCGUCUGACCUGUACAGCAUGUCAACAAGGAUACACUGGGAGGAGAUGUGAAAGGUGUGCUUCUGGAUAUGAGGGGAACCCAACCCAACCUGGACUGUCAUGUAACCCUGCUAGCACAGGGGACCGUAUUCCUUCUGUCAUCGCCUCUCCGACGGAGGCCUCGUCCGUCUUGGGUGGAACCAUCGUCUUCCAAGUGAGGAUAACCGGUAACUACACCAGUGCACAGUGGAGGAGGGCCGAUGGACAGCCUCUCUCUCCCAGCGCCUAUGUGGAACCUGGAACGUACAGGCUACAGAUCCGUAAUCUUCGAGCUAAUGAUGCUGGAAUCUUCAUCUUCACUGCAUCUAACCGAUAUGGUUCUGGAACAGCAGAAGUCAGGCUCGAGGUUGUUGGUCAAGCUAUGAGAGUUGUUAUCAAUGAUCCACAGACUGUUGAAGUGCCGGAAGGAGAAACAGUUCAGUUUGUUUGCCGAGGUAUCAGUCAGACGCCGGCCUACACUAUUGCCUGGAGUCGAUCAGAUGGCACUCUGCCAACGAACGCCAGGGACUUUAUGGGCAUUCUAACCAUAGAUACGGUCAGGCUAUCGGACGCUGGACAGUAUGUCUGUAUGGGGUCAAACCAACGGGACACCGCCGAUGCUUAUGCUACCCUUAUUGUCACGUCAUCCGUGCAAGAACCCACUGUCCGGAUCGAGCCUCGCUUCAUCCGUAUUACUGAGGGAGACCGUGUUGAGUUCCGAUGUAUCGCCACGGGUAACCCAACCCCCACUCUCCGCUGGUCGGGCGGUCAAGGAGGGGUAUUGAACUCUGAAUCCACCUUUGAGAAUGGUCUGUUUGUCAUCCCUAAGGCCAGAGCCUCGGACGAGGCGGAGUAUUUCUGCGAGGCCACCAACUCUGCAGGCAUGGCAACCAUCAGGACAGUGCUCUAUGUCAGUCCUUCUCGCGUCCCUUCAGUGACCAUCAGCCCUGCCUCUGAGUCGGUCAGCGAGGGAGAGCGCGUCAUCUUCUACUGCCAGGCGACCGGCGAUCCUGCUCCCGAGAGAACAUGGUCCCGUAUAGAUGGAGACAUGCCGUCCAGCGCGAGGGAAGAGAACGGCUAUCUUGUCAUCUCGGCGGUGACCUACGAAGUGGAGGGAGUGUACAGGUGUACAGCAACCAACAGCCAUGGCUCGGACUACAGUGAUGCACAAAUCACCAUAAGUACAGACAGCCGCAGGAGCCCGACUGCCCGCAUCGAUCCUGCGGAGAUAACGGUAACACAGGGUGCCACCCAGGUCCUUCGUUGCUUGACCACUGGUGUACCUACACCCACCAUCACCUGGACAAGGGGAAGUGGUCCCCUGUCUGCCAAUCAGCAGGCUUUGAACGGAGUACUUCGCAUCAUAAAUGCAGAUGUUACUGAUAGAGACAUGUACAGCUGCACUGCUACAAACAUUGCUGGUUCUUCAACUGCUACUGCCUACGUUGAGAUAGAGAGGAGAGAGUCUCCAGUGAUUGAGAUCCUCCCAUAUUCCACCUACAUCGCGAUAGACGGAGACAACAUCCAGAUCCAGUGUCGCAUCCUCUCCGGUAUCCCCACGCCAACCGUCUCAUGGAGCAGAGCCAACGGUGCUCCCCUGUCAUCCAACACAAAUGAUGAGAUGGGAGUACUUACAAUCAUGGGGGUAACAGCCGAGAACCAAGGAGCUUAUAUUUGUACUGGAACCAACAGUGCAGGAUCUGCUACUGCUACGGCUACUAUCAGGGUUCAAGGUCUGCCUCAGAUAUCGAUCACACCAACCAAUCCUGCUGAGUUCCGGGUGGGCGAGACGGCCGUCCUGGAGUGCGUCGCUACAGGAGAACCACUUCCAACUGUCCAGUGGAUGGUCAUGAAUAAUGAACGGGUAUACCAGCCCAUUGCUGCUGCAUUCAACAUGGAGGAGGAAUCGAGUGCUAUGCAUUACAUCCAGAGUGUGUCAAUGAAUGAUGCUGGAAGCUACAUGUGCAGAGCGGAGAAUGGGGCAGGAUAUGUGGAACAGGAACUGCUUCUGAGAGUCACCGACACCAGCGUGCCCCACCCUCCUUCCUGUGAAGUCUCCCCGAGAGAGUUGGAAGUCAUCGAGGGAGAGACGGCCGUCUUCAGCUGCACCUCGCCCGGAACCCCGGCCGGUUACACCAUCACCUGGAGACGAGUCAGCCAGAGGAUGCCAUCCACCGUCUCCAUUAGCAACGGCCUGUUGACCAUCCCUCAGGCGCGGUCUCAGUACGCCGGACAGUACUAUUGCAUAGUGGGAAAUGAGCAUGGAUAUCAGCAGGAUCUUGUGACCCUUUAUGUAUUAGUUCUUCCUAGUCUUAGCAUCAGCCCUACCACUCAGACGGUUACUGCUGGAGAGAUCAUCCGCAUAUCCUGUUUUGCCGAAGGCACCCAGCCCAUUACCUGUGAAUGGUCCAAGUAUGGCGGAUCCCUUCCUCCGACUGCCAUCCAGUCCGGCGGUAUCCUCCAGAUCUCACCAGCCACCGCCACGGAUGCAGGCCAGUACCGAUGUGUGUGCAGCAACACGGCUGGCUUCAGGGACUCCUACAUGACCGUCAGGGUACAAGUCAUACCAACUGUGACAGCUAUCCCAGCCCGUGAGACGAGGGCCAUCGGUGGGUCCGUGGAGUUCUCCUGCCAAGCCACUGGCACUCCUCCUCCCCAGAUCACCUGGGAGAAGGAGGAUGGUGUUCUACCAGCCCAGCACCGUAUCACUAAUGGUGUUCUCAGUUUAAUUUCCUUACGAGAUGGUGAUGAAGGUCGCUAUGUAUGCACAGCUACCAACCAGGCUGGGUCAUCUAAGGCAUAUGCCAGGCUCUUCCUACAUGCUGCCCCAACUGUCCAGAUCACUGUCAACACGACUGUCCACUACAUCCGUGUGGGUGAAACCACGACCUUUGAGUGUCUGUCCACGGGUGACCCGACCCCAGUGGUCACUUGGACCAAAGUGAACAGUGAGAUGCCAAUCAGCGUGGUCCUACAGGGGGCCCGAUUGACCAUUCCGCAGGUAUCGCUGUCCGAUGUUGGUUUCUACCGAUGCACGGCUACCAACAUCGUUGGGUCUAGGACCUCACAGGUCUUCCUUUAUGUUCAAGCUGCUCCACAGCUGACCGUCGUUCCAUCAACACGCACCGCCCCGGUGGGUGCCACACUCGAGUUCAGCUGCCUCGCCGGGGGAUUCCCCACGCCGGAGAUCACCUGGCACAAGGAGGAUGGGGACCUCCCCGACAACUACCAGAUCGACAAUGGCCUCCUGACGAUCACCAACGUGAAGGAGGCUGAUGAGGGAACCUAUGUCUGCAUCGCCACCAACCAAGGAGGGUCGACGGAACACCGUGCAAGACUUGUUGUUGGAGAGCUGAUUCCGUACUUUGUUCAGAUGCCCCAGUCCUACAUUGGUUAUCCUCGACUCACCAACGCCUACAGAGAGUUUGAGAUUCAGGUUUCCAUCAAACCUGAAAGCCCUGAAGGUCUGAUUUUAUACAACGGUCAGAGUGUUGACGGGACUGGGGACUUCUUCUCCUUCGGUCUCCAUCGAGGGUACGCUGAGUUCAGGUAUGAGCUCGGAGCAGGAACCACCCUCAUUAGGAGUGACCGCCCCCUGGAGCUGGGUCAGUGGCACACGGUCGGCAUCAGGAGGAACAUGACCAGAGGAUACCUACAGGUGGAUGAUCUGCCUGAGGUAGAAGGUAGAGCCCAAGGGAACUUCCAAGGCCUGGAUCUGGUCCAGGACCUGUAUCUCGGUGGUGUUCCUAACUUUGAUGAGAUCCCAAGUACGGCAGGCUUCACAACAGGAUUCAUUGGUUGUGUUAGUCAGCUGAUAGUGGACAGGAGAGAGUUGGUCCUUGACAGUGCCCGUACCAGGGUCGGUGUGGAGCAGUGCCCUACGUGCGAGGUCAACCCCUGUGCUAAUGGAGGAGUGUGUGAGGAGGCGAGGGCCGAGCAGGGGUACCGCUGCCGUUGCCCCUUCGGCUUCACCGGCACCAACUGCGAAGAAGUGGCUAACUAUAGAUGUGUACCAGGAAUCUGUGGAGAAGGUCAGUGUGUGGAAUCAUCUGGACUUUCAGGCUACAUCUGCCACUGCCCUGUAGGACGAACAGGGACCAGGUGUGAGCUAGCGGGCGACACUUCAGGCUCGUCGCACGACAACAACAACGACAGGCUGCUUGCCGAUCAUGGUGUCCCGAUUGAAGACCCAUCUUUCCUAGGAGACUCCUACCUCUCCUAUCCUGGACUGACGUCCAACCAUCGUCAGGUCCAGAUCGCUAUGAUGUUCAAGGCCAGGUCUAUAGAGGACAGUCUGCUCCUCUUCAAUGGACAGGGUCUGAGGGGAAAAGGCGAUUACAUCUCGCUCUUCAUGAAAGACGGAAAGCUGGUCUUCCAGUAUGAUAGCGGAAGCGGUGCAGCAAUUAUUGAAAGCACCAAGACAAUGGAAGCUGAGCGAUGGUAUACCAUCGUGGCCGAACGCAACCUCCAGGACGGCUCACUCCAGGUGGACGACACUGAGGCGGUCAAGGGACGAUCGCCAGGCAGCAGCCGAGGCUUGAACCUCAGACUGCCUCUCUAUCUUGGAGGCAUUGAUAAGUUUGAAGAGGUGCCCCAGAGGCUUGGAGUCACCAAGGGCUUUGAUGGCUGCAUUACAGAGGUGGAGAUUGAUGGUGAACCAUUGGAUCUGGUAGAAGGAGCCAGUGCCAGUAAUAACAUAGAGGACUGUGGAGAGAAUCUACUGUGUCAGAAGGGAGAGUGUCUGAAUGGAGCGACUUGUACUCCUACUCCGGAUAACCUGGAGUAUUCCUGUACCUGUGCUCCUGGAUUUACAGGUCGUCAUUGUGAAUCUGAGGUUGGUUCAUGUAAUGUUGAGCAACCGUGUAAGAACGGAGGUCGCUGUGAACCUGUUGAUGGGGGUUACAUCUGUCUCUGUACGCUAGGCUUCUCAGGAAAUAUGUGUGAAAAUGUUGAGCGGUUCAGCUACAGUGUUGCCCUAGGUCAAGCUAGCUACCUAAAGCUUCCCAAGACAGUCAUACCAAGAGGAAGGGGGAGCAGUGCUAUAACAGAGAUCUUUAGCUUUAGCAUAGCUACAGAUUCAACAGAUGGUCUCCUACUGUGGCAGGGAGUGCCUGAAGGAUCUGCUGGUGAGAGGCAAGAUUUCAUUGCUGUUGGUCUUCAAGAUGGAUACAUUGUAUUCAGCUAUCAGCUUGGAAGUGGGGAAGCCAACAUUGCAUCAACUGUCAGGAUUGAUGAUGGAGUAGAGCAUAACAUCACCAUCACAAGGCAAGGGCGUGAUGGUACUCUACUAGUGGAUGAAGAUGAUGUGGUGACCGGCCAGUCUGCAGGUGUUCUUAGGAUGUUGAAUGUCAAAGGAGCUCUAUUCUUAGGUACACCACCAGAUAUUGAGAUCCUAACUGGAACCAAAUACAGCAAAGGAGUUGAAGCUUGCAUCCAAGACCUAGAGAUACAAAUCGAUGAAAACCCAUCAGCUGUUAUAAACCUAUAUCAAGAAGCAAUAGAUGGUAUCAAUGUAGAAAACUGUGAAUUUUGAUGAUAUCUUUUUUAUACUCCUCUUUCCAAGCGUUUCCCCCACCUUUUAAAAACAAAAUAUCUUAAAAAGCAAACGUAUAUCCCUUUUUUUAUUGAGCAACGAAUGUACUUAUGAACAUGGGAAAACUAUAUUUCAGUUUUGAUAUGUCAUUAUAGCUAUUUCUUGUUUUUUUCAAUGAGUGUGUUGGAAAGAUUCUGGCAGAGUAUUACUGUUCAAAGGUGUGAUAUAAACUAUAUAUUGAGAGGGUGCCUCAUUUUUGGUGUAUUUAAGUAUUUCUAUUUUGUUUCCUUUUUUUAAAAACAAUUUUUAUAGUAAGUCAGAUGGUAUAGAUUUGAUUAACCUAUAAUUUCCUCUUAAUUAAUAAUUAUUUUAAUAAGUAAGAAACUGCCAAACAUUUGAUUCUUUUAAUGAAAAGCUCUGAAUACAAGGGCAUUGCUUUUAUUUUUGUAUGUCCAGAAUAUUAGCUUUGACUUUAAAAACAAUACAAAUUUUAUUUUUUAAUCAAUUAUUCUUUUUUAUCAUCCUUAUCAGUAUGGAAAUAUUUUUGUAAAACCAAUUCUGAUAGGAUCAGCAUUUUUAAAAAUUUUGCAUCAAAGAAAUUUGAUAUCAGCAUUUUAUAUAUUUCCCUGACCUUGAUUGAAAUGUACUAAUAAUGUACAUUCAAAUAUCUCAGCAUUACAUUCAAUAAUUUUUGACCUUUUUCAAUGAUUGUUAAAAAACACCAUCUUUAACUGAUUUUUUUUUAGAAAGAAAUGUUGCAUGAUUGUGCAAGUACUUCUUCAACCAUUUAGUACCCGAUCGAGUAGAAGCAAGAAUGUUUAUAUUAUAUUUAAUAUUGUAAUUAGUAGUUGGAGUCGCCAUUUUGUGCCCUAAGUUUCAUAUAAAUGAACUGCAUUCAAAUUUGAAUAAAGUACUUGAUGUCUGUGGAAAUGUUAGAAAAAUUGCAUAAUUAGCCUCUCCAAUUUUCAUCUCGAUGGAUUUUGCAUGUGUAUGUAUGAUGUUAUGAACUUAUUUCGGCAAAGAUACUAUAUAUGUGUCGAUGCCAAACUUAGUAUCAGUCCUAAAAUUUGUUACUCUAUUAUGAGCCCCCAGAGUCUAGCAGGUUUAUAGCUUUGGGGUUGAUGCCCAUGCCUAGUAAUAGACAAAUAUGCAAUAAUCAGCUAUGAACGACUUUGAUCAUGGUUUGAAUUUGUAUUGGGUACUAAAUGGUUGAUUACAAUUAGUUCUAGUAGGUAUGAAAAGGUUCUUUGAGAUUAAAAAGAAAACCUUAUACAAUCUGGUGCUGUAAAAUAAUUUAUUAUUGUAAACCCAUCACAAUUGAAUGGAAUUUAGUUAUACCUGGUACAUGUUUUUAUACUCUAUGUACAUGUAUAUAGCAACUACUACGUUGUUUUUCUUACAAAUUUGUAGCAGAAAAAGAUUACAAAACAUAUACUAUACACGUCUGUACGAAUGAUCUUUUAAUAUGUGCCUUGUUAUUUAAUGUAUGUAUUUUGUAUAUUCUGUUGUUGUUGAGUACUAUGUGUGUGUGUAUGCAGGAUUUAUUAUUAUUCCGUUGCAUUUAAGAAAUCCUGGCAUCCCCACGCCGAUACUUUGAAGGGGGCUCAAAGCAUUUCAAAAUCCAGAUAACAAGCACUUUGUAACAAAUUUGUUGAAUGCUUCUGUAGUUAAUUUUUGUAUUUUUUUUGCAAUUAUUACAUAAAUUGGAUGCGAUUUACGUGUAUAUCAAUACUAAAUACAAAGUUUUGUUUAAUCAACGACUUCAGACAAAAACUGUGGAAGUAAGGAGAGUUAUUUGUGAUAAAUCAAGUCAAAUUAUCAUAGGUAUUUUUUUGUUUAGUUGGAAAUAAUUGCCAACUUUAGGCUAAAUGUGUUAUUAUUACUGCAAGACUACUGGUACUGCCUUAAUUAUAAGCCUUUGAAAUGACCUACUUUUAUAGCCCAAAGAUGCAUUUUUCGAAUUUGUUUGACUUUUCCCACCUGAUCAUGUAUUUGUAAAUUUUGUUUAUUACUUUCUGACCCAAGAAAAAUACUAGCAGUGUAACAUUUCAGUAUCAUUUUAGCAUUAUACAAGUUGUGAGAGCAUUUGAAUUCGUCUUCCAUUACUAUUCAGUGCCAGACUUUGCCUGUAAUUGGUGCCUUUAUUAAAGAGCAAUACCUCACCACACAAACUCAUUGGGCUUUUGAACAGCUCGUUAAAAAAUGAGAGAACGGAAAACCUCAGGUUAUUUCACAAAUGCUGCAUAGUUUUAUACAAGAAAAACUUCCUCGUCAUCUUUGUAUUUGGAAUAUGCACUCAGUCUAAUCAUAAAUAUUUCCUUAGCGGGUCUCGAUAUGUACUUGUAGACUUGUAAUACUGCAUGCUGUGUGGUACAUGGUUCUAUUGCAAAAUAUAACGGCCAGAUAAAAAAUACUCUUAGAAUGCUAAGGGCGUAAUUUCUGAUGAUGUCAUUGCACCUAAGAGAUUACUCUUAUGUAUCGGAAAGAGUCUUACUGUUUUUGGCCUCAUUUAGGUACAUUUAAGCCUGUUAGCAUACCCUAGCUCAAAUGCAUGCGUUUGUUACUCUCAGAUAUGUAUUGAUAUAAAUAGCAUUAAAGUUGAGAGAAAUCAAAAUGCAAUAUAGUUUUGAACACAGGCAGGAGAGAAAUGGUUCAAGAUUGUGCUAUUUUAUGUAAUCGUAGAUCAAGUGUUGAUGAAUACACCAAUUCACCAACCAAGAAGCGUAAUGUGGUCGAAUCUAAUGGUACAUGUACAUCAAAUUGGCUACUUCAGUAACACGUUGCUCAUAUAAAAAGAAGUUGCACAUUGCACAGGUAGUUUUUUGUAUCCAUCUUGCUUUGUUGUUGAGUUGCUUUGCAAAUUUGUAAAUAACAAUCUUGGUUGUACACUGGACGAUGCCUUCUUCAAAUAUGUAAUAACUUGCCUAUAAGUGCACCUAUAUUGAUUCGGACAUGGUGCGUACCACAGCAGAACACAUUCAUGCUGCAUAACUUGGCAUUUUAUUGGGAUUUAUUUGAAAACUAGAACCAGGUAAGUUUAGGAUACGAUCUUCGAUGGUGAAAUAUUCCCAUAGUAGGUGCUAUAUGUUCCUCGCCACCAAAAAAGUAAUCCAAAGCUUUAUCAUAUAGAAUGAAAAAACAUCUAGUCAUUUGUGUUUUGUGUUAACGAUGUACCAUACUGUAUAGCUAAUUGACUAUUGCUUAGUACAAAUGUAUGUUUGUAUGACAUAAACUUUGCAUUACAAAAUUACUCAUUGAUUUUUCAUCUGCAAAUAACAAUCUAUGGUGCUGAUUUGCUUUGUGGAAUAUAUUUAACCUGUUAUUUUGACCACACGUGUAUUUAUAAAGGUUUGUUAUGUAGGGUGUAUUAUUUAUAUCAAUACUCAUACAUGCAUAUUAAAGGGACUAGUCAAAUAUACAUUUUAGAAGAUGAUUUUGGGAGGAGGGAGGGGGAUGUGGGUGGGUGAGCUGCUGAGCUGCAACAACAGUAUUUUUUUUAAUGGACAAAGAUAGCAGUUAUCCAACUCACUUAUUUGUUAGAUUGACUGUCAAACCAGUGUUCUUUCAGCUUAACUUAUUUACAUAUUAGUGUAUAAUUAACUAUACAGGCGUCACCGAUUUCUAUCAUCAUACUUUCAUGAUUUCAGAACGUCUACAUGCAUAAGGAUCUUGAGAAAAUAAAGGUGAUUAUUAUGACGUUGGUAGUGAGUUUUAGUGAAGUCUAAAGAACAUAUAUGUACAUGCAGGAUCAAGUGUGUAUCAAUUAACAUGUAAGGGGGAAGUCUGGUCCUUGCUAGAGUAGAAACGUUACCACUAGGGUAAUGAUUUCCCAAGGAUUGUUCACGUCCAUUGGAACUUUGUUUCACAGACAAGAACAGAAUAUCAUUUUUGUCCUUCUAUAUCGUGCAAAUAAUGAAGUAUAAUGGUGACUUUUAUGGGCCCUGGUACUUGAAAUUACUGAUAUUAUUCGACUUGCCCAACAUGCUUCUUAAGAAACUUACUUAUUCAUUUAAAAAACGAGUUUCAAAACAAGGAAAUUCCAAUGUUCUUCCAAAAAUCACAUCCUGCAAAAUAUGAUAGGAUAAUCGGUUAUGCCAAUCAAUUUGGAAGUGCCUUCUUUUGUGUGGUUAUUGUACUUUUUUCUCCUGUUUAUCUGUAUUGAAGUACUGACGGUGAAAUAAAAACUGUACACAACAAA